AGCCGACGCCUUCACUCUCCAGACACACGUCCGUCUCUUUAGCUUCCCAGUUUAUAACAGAGAUGCGGCAGGAAACUGCAACUUUCACAGUCUUGUCACAGCUUCAGUAUCAACUAACUCCUGAACCUCUGUGCAAGGGAAAACGCAAGGAUAUAUGGAGAUGUCACUGCCGAGCCACAAGUCUAAGCCUGUUGUUGAUGAAAGCUUGGAAAACUGGAGGUCUGUUGGCUCUGGUGGAUUUGGUCGUGUCUACCAGGUCAGGCACAAAGGCUGGGGACAGGAUGUGGCCAUAAAGAUACCUCAGAAUGGUGUUUGCAUCAAAGAGGCCGUUCUCAUGGAAACGGUGUCCUUUGAGUUUGUGCUGAGGGUUUAUAGAAUUUAUCAGGGAUGUCCGCCAGGCAGCAGACCAGGUGAAAACCAAUGUGGAAUAGUGAUGGAGUACAUGAGAUGGGGGUCUGUUGAGUCCCUGCAGGAGGUCCUGUCGGGCCCUCCACCAUGGCCCCUGGCCUUCCGCCUGGCCCAUCAAGUGGCUCUAGGCAUGAACUUCCUCCAUGCAGAGAAGCUUGUGCACCAAGACCUGAAGCCAAGCAACGUACUGCUGAGUGAAUCUCUCGACGCCAGGCUAGCAGACUUUGGUCUGUGCAAGCCUUCCACCUGUGCUGGGACCAGCGGCAGUGAGACAGGAGAGGCCGGAGGCACAUACAAGUACAUGCCUCCUGAGGCUUUUGAUGCUUCAUAUCAACCUGUCUGUGCUUUUGACAUAUACAGCUACGGUAUCCUGCUCUGGUCUAUUGUAACUGGUAAAGAUCCCUAUCCAGGAGUGAAUGAUCCCAGUUUUGUGAAGAUGAUGGUCACCGUCAAAGGACAAAGACCUUCCUGUGAUGACCUUGAAAAGAUGGAGGUGGAGGGGUUGAAAGAGCUGGUUGACCUCAUGAAGAGAUGCUGGGAUGCGGAUCCUGACAAGAGGCCUCCAUUCAACAAGCUCUUUAAUGAAACUGAGGAAGUGUUCUCAAAGCACGAGAAGGACGUCACAGAUGCGGUCUUUAAAGUCUUGAAAAGACUGGAGUCAUCAACCGGUAAUCAACACUGAGAGACAAGCGUUUCAAAUCAUCGUCGUCCUCCUCAGUAACCAGGUGGCAAAUUCUAAAGCAACAGUUGCCUCCAUGGAUGUUAUCACACGACCUCCCCCUGCCACUCCUACUACACUUUUAUCUCAUCUGAAGAAAUGACUAUAUUUUAUUCAUUUGUAUACACAUUUAUCAAUUGGUGUUUCUAAUAUAUUUUUAAUGAACUUAUUUUUCUGCUGCCUCCUC